AUGGGGGGCAAGACCGGUAACAAGGCUGGCUACUUCGACAAGCUCAAGGGCUUGCUCGAGGAGUACAAGUCCAUCUUCAUCGUCGGUGUCGACAAUGUCAGCUCGCAGCAGAUGCACGAGAUUCGCCAGUCGCUCCGCGGCGAGGCUGUCGUCCUGAUGGGCAAGAACACCAUGGUUCGUCGUGCCCUCAAGACCUUCAUCUCCGAGUCUCCGGAGUACGAGCGUCUCCUGCCUUACGUCAAGGGCAACGUUGGUUUCGUCUUCACCAACAGCGACCUGAAGGAGAUUCGCGACAAGAUCCUCCAGAACCGUGUCAGGGCCCCCGCCCGUGCCGGUGCCGUCGCCCCCGACGAUGUCUGGAUUCCUGCCGGAAACACCGGUAUGGAGCCCGGCAAGACCUCGUUCUUCCAGGCCCUCGGUGUCCCCACCAAGAUUGCCCGUGGUACCAUUGAAAUCACCACGGACCUCAAGCUCGUUGAGGCUGGUGGCAAGGUCGGAGCCUCCGAGGCCACCCUGCUCAACAUGCUUAACAUCUCUCCCUUCACCUACGGUCUUACCGUCGAGCAGGUCUACGACCAGGGCAACUGCUUCCCCUCCAGCGUCCUGGACAUUGGCGAGGAGCAGCUCCUCAAGACGUUCAGCUCGGCCAUUGCCACCAUCGCCUCCAUCUCGCUGGCCCUCAACUUCCCCACCUGGCCCUCCGUCAUCCACUCGCUUGUCAACUCGUACAAGAACAUCCUGUCCAUUGCCCUCGAGACCGAGUACAGCUUCCCCGCCGUCGAGGAGCUCAAGGACCGCAUUGCCAACCCCGACGCCUACGCCUCGGCGGCCCCUGCCGCCGCCGCCGGCGGUGGCGACGCCCCGGCCGCUGAGGCCAAGAAGGAUGAGUCUGAGGAGGAGCAGUCCGACGAGGACAUGGGUUUCGGUCUCUUCGACUAA